AUACGUCUGCGAAGGCAGCUGACGAGCACAUCCGAGUUCUGCGGUGUUGUGCGGACGCCUCCAACGGCGGUGUGACUGUCUCCUGUCUGACGGGAGAGGUAGGUGGCCGUGAGGCUGUGGCACAACGGCGUGCAUCACCGCUACCUCUCUCCGAGACGCUCCAAGACACCUCGACAGGUAACUAGCACGACGCUUGUUCGAGAAUGGGCAAGCCGCGAUCAGAGCAGAAGAUUUGGAACAUACCGCAGAUCUCGGAUAACCAAUGACAAAGCACGUACAAGAUGAGCUGGCGUCUCUUCAGACUGAAGGGACGACCGAGUCUUCCACGCCAGCGCAGCGAAAGCAGCUGACCGGGCCGGGGACCUGUGCAAACCAGAAACCCGCUGGUAAAAAGGGGCGAAAGGAGCCAGUCAACAGCAAGCCCACGCAUGCAGGCAUCCGCCUCCCGUGUCCUCUUCGCGCUGCAGAGCCGGAAUGUUACGCCAAGAUCACGAAGGGCUGCAAAGAUUCGACCUAUGAUGGCAUGCGGGGUGUCAACGAAUAUAUCUGGCGAUAUCAUUCCUGGGCACUCGGUGUACUAAGUGCGGGACAACUUCCCCCGGUCUAAUCACAAGGCUGUUGCGCCAGACAAGGCAGCGCAUGUUUGUA